AUUGUCAGCGCUAUAGUGUUUAUAAGACCAUAAAAUAUCAAAAUAAAAAAAUCAUGUUAUUCAGCACAUCAUAGACAACUAGUUAUAGCAAUUUAGAUUGUUUCCUAUAAUACUCAGUUUGAACACACAUGUAUUCCUGUUUUUGAUUUUGUUAUGUUAGUUGAACCCAUAAGUAUCAAAAAGCUACAUUUUAAAAUCAGACACCCAAAAAUAUCAGAUCAUAAGGAAAAUACUUUCCCAUAAUUUUCGGAUGAACCCCCUGUAAAAAAAGGCUCAUGUGACCCCCUGAGGUAAAUCCCCGACUGUAGAUAUAACAUAGAAUUAUCCUAUCCCUAUAAGAUAAAAUAGGGAUUCGGGCCACUUUUUUUUCUUUUCAUUUUUUCUUUGUUCCUUGGUGGAGUCAUCCUCGUUUGCUUAAUGAAUUAGAAUUCUUUAGACGAUGAAAUAUUUUCACUCGCCCAGUUGUUAUAAAGAUUCCCUUGUCUUCAAAUGAAAUAGUGUUGUCUCUGAUUUGUGUCUCUGAAUGUAAGUUGAGAGCCAGGCUUCUUUACUCUUGCGGGGGCAUUUUAUACAAAUGGUAUGUUAGAUGGGGCUACCUACCAAGCCUACAUUGGCGUCCUACAGCUUUUUCAUUCAUUAUUAAUUCUUGUUUUUAAACCUUUGAGAACAGAAAUUGGGCUAAAUCAGUUGAUAUCUUUCAAUAGGUUUUCGUUUAAUCUUAUCUUUCUUCAAUCUGUCAUAGACCUGAGUUGUUAGCAUCUGCUAAAGGUGGGCUAUCUCAGUUUAAUAGCAUUUUGAUUGCCAUUCUAAUCACAUGUUUUUGGUUAAUAUGAUAAUUCCAUCUGUUCUUCAUUUGCAGUACAUUUGUCUGUUCUUUUCAGAUAAAAAUGAAAAGUGGUGAUUGGCGGCGAGAGAUCCUUGGAGACAUUACAGUAAUGAAUGCCGAGGAGAUGAGAGAGUUGAAUAAAGUUAUGCGGGCUGAGCUUCGUGCUCCGGGCAGUCGAGGAGCAAAACCAACCGCACUGCUACGUAAAUCUACCAACUCUCCAGCUACAAAUCGAAGGGAGGUCGUUCCUAUCGUCGAAGAACUUUCUGCUCAUGAACAAUCUGAUUACCAGUUACGUGAAGGGACAGUUGAAAAUCUUAAACGAUCUCGUUCAGGCACUGGUUCUUCGUUUGUACCAGAAAGCCCCAGAGUAGCUCAGCGACAAAUGGUCAGUGACGUAGGAGCAAGAUAUCGGGCGAAUACAGGGAGUUCCUUGCUGGAUGCCCCGCUGCAGAUUGAUGACGAAAUGCCUGUCAGCGGCAAAAGGUUCCCCACUGUAUCCGUCUCCCAGCUUUCUCAAAUGGAGUUUCCUGACUCCACGACAUCAACGGAGGAGCGCGAGGCCCCUGCUGACGUCAGCAUCGUCGAUGGCAUUGCUCAUGAAAAAAGUUACCUUGCUAUUGACAUGCCAGAAGUCAAAUCUCGCGCAAACAAGGAGGGGAAACAAAAGCUGACCGAAAUGCCUGAAUGGGCGAAGAAGUUUGCCGAGACGAAAAAUAUUCACGUUCAAAGUGUCUCAUUUCCAGAGCCGACGCUUGAGGAUACUUCUCUGCCUGGAUCUGUUCAACAAAAGCCUGAAAAUGAAUGACACAUCUUUAUUUGAGCAGAUUGUCAGAAGUAUCCGUGUCCGUCCUCGGAUCCGCACAGGGAACGUAACAGCAGUUGAACAACUGGUAUAAUUUGAAAAAAUCUGAAGAACCUGAAUCAUUUGCUCCCUGUAUAGAUUCGGUACUCAACUAAUUGUAAUCUUGAUACAGAAACUCAUGUCGGCCUGUGGCGAAUCAAACAUAGUUCUGAAACCAUAUGCGCUGGACAAAGUGACAACUCUCUUGGCGUAAUCUUCUUUCAAAAAAGAAAUUUCUAAGUCUACUAAGCACUAAGCCCUUCACUAAUGGAGAUCACUAAGAAACACUGAUUGCUUAACAUAAUACUACCCAAAUUAAAAUUGCAAUUUUAUAGCGAGUUUAGAGUUUGCUAACUUAUUACCUUGCCGCUAAACAAAACAUUUAAAUUUCUUUUUUUUGUAUGGGUUAUAAAGAUGUUCUAUAUGUUUUUAGCUAUUUUCGUAAAUAAAUAUCAUAUAAUGAAGAUGGAUGCACGUUUCUUUAACGUUUGUGGCAUUAACAAGACAUUUGUAUUUUGGUUGUUAUUUUAUUCACAUGUAAUACUCGUUGGAAAAUUAGUUCGGUAACCGUGUACCUUUUCAAAAGAUAUGAAAAAAUUCUUAAAAUUCAAAUCAUAUGGGACAAGAGAAGGAACACCAUUUUGGA